GCGUCUGAUGAGCCCAACGGUCCCAGGAAGCAACACUGCUCAUUUGAUAUUUUAUAGCGAUAAAGACGGAGAGAGCGUUGAAUCUCGAGGUCAGGGGUUACAAAUGAAGACAUUAAAAUAUGUUCAAAUUAUUUUAGGUUAGCUUGGUGUGAACGUCAGAGGACUUUUGUUAUGAUUUGGCGUUGAUAUCGACGAUGGUUCCUGUGCAGCCUGAUAGGUUUCUCUAAAGGGUAGUCAGUAAGAGGAGCGUGUAGCCUUCAGCUGCCUAAAUAUUAGGCAAAAAUAUACGAAAUUACACAGAAUAUUUCUUCACCUGGGUUGUGGCUGGCGCCAAGCCAAAAAUUGACUCUGGAGCAGGAUACGGAGGUGACACAGUUUAUCGGCCACCACAUUGGCCCAAAGCUGUCUUCAUUGGUGGAUGGGAAGCCAGUGAAGGUCCCUGAAAUUGUUGCUGCAGUACUGACUCCUACUGGUCUGUUGGAGAGACUGACCAGAAGGCACAGUGUGAACCUCCCUUGUGAUAAAAGAUAGUAUGGCCAUGACGGGAGGGACUGCAGCUGCCCUUCCCAUGAGCAACCACACCCGAGAGAGGGUGACUGUGGCCAAGCUGACACUGGAAAACUUCUACAGCACUCUGCUCACGCAGCACGAGGAGCGCGAGAUGAGGCAGAAAAAGUUGGAGAAGGCAAUGGAAGAAGAGGGUUUACCAGAUGAGGAGAAAGUAAUGCGACGCUCCCAGCAUGCCCGUAAGGAGACUGAGUUUCUGCGACUGAAGAGGACACGGCUGGGUUUGGAUGACUUUGAGUCCCUCAAAGUUAUUGGACGAGGUGCUUUUGGAGAGGUGCGUUUGGUGCAGAAAAAAGACACAGGCCACAUUUACGCCAUGAAGAUUUUGAGAAAAGCAGACAUGCUGGAAAAGGAACAGGUCGCUCAUAUCCGGGCAGAGAGGGAUAUUCUGGUGGAAGCAGACGGCGCCUGGGUGGUCAAGAUGUUCUACAGCUUCCAGGACAAGAGGAACCUCUACCUUAUCAUGGAGUUCCUGCCUGGAGGCGACAUGAUGACCCUGCUGAUGAAAAAGGACACUCUGUCUGAAGAGGCCACCCAGUUCUAUAUCGCAGAGACCGUUUUGGCCAUCGACUCCAUCCACCAGCUGGGCUUCAUCCACAGAGACAUCAAACCUGACAACCUGCUGCUGGACUCCAGGGGACACGUGAAGCUGUCAGAUUUUGGCCUGUGUACGGGACUGAAGAAGGCUCAUCGCACAGAAUUUUAUAGGAACCUGACACACAACCCUCCUAGUGAUUUCUCCUUUCAGAAUAUGAACUCUAAGAGGAAAGCAGAAACCUGGAAGAAGAACCGGAGGCAGCUGGCUUAUUCCACCGUGGGAACGCCUGACUACAUUGCUCCUGAAGUCUUCAUGCAGACAGGAUACAACAAGCUGUGUGACUGGUGGUCUCUGGGUGUCAUCAUGUAUGAAAUGCUCAUUGGUUACCCACCCUUCUGCUCAGAGACGCCGCAGGAGACAUACAGGAAGGUGAUGAACUGGAAGGAAACUCUCGUCUUCCCACCUGAAGUCCCCAUCUCAGAGAGGGCCAAAGACUUGAUAUUAAGGUAUUGUACUGAUGCUGAGAACAGGAUUGGAGCUGUGAGUGUGGAGGAGAUCAAGAGUCACCCGUUCUUUGAGUCGGUGGACUGGGAACACAUCAGGGAGCGGCCAGCAGCCAUCUCCAUUGAAAUCAAGAGCAUUGACGACACCUCCAACUUUGAUGACUUCCCUGAAUCAGACAUCCUUCAGCCAGCCAAUGCGACAGAGCCAGACUUCAAGUCGAAGGACUGGGUGUUUCUCAACUACACGUACAAACGCUUCGAGGGUCUGACUCAACGAGGCACCAUCCCCACAUACAUGAAGGCAGGGAAGGCCUGACACACUCAAAUGCUGAGACAGCAUUGCAAAGAAAAAAAAAACAGACGUUUACGGACACAGGGUUGGGCCCUGGAGCCCUGCUGGUGCUGAAGGCUGAGCUGUCAGCCUGUCAGUCUAAAUUUAACCCUCAUCACAAUUUAUUUAGGUCUGCUCAGCCGCCGCAAGAACGCCAAGAGCUCGAAAAUUAAGGAGCAUUACCGCAUUACCUCGGUUGUUUAUAUCGUAUAAAUGUGCUGUCUUUAGCCAUAGCUCUCAGGCCAGCUCACUAACUAGGACACUAAAUCAGCAUAUCUGCAUGUUCAGCAGCGUAUUGCUUCUGGAGAGGAUUUUUUUUUACUGCCUAAAGGUGAUGGUGGGAAUGAGGCUUGAACACAAAUCACUGCUUUGACAUCUUUGCAUCGAUAAGUUUCAAUACUGGUGGCUAAAUUAUCUUUGAUGCAAAGAAUUCUUGAUACUGAAGAUGUGCUCUGUACACUGUAGUCAAACUCUGGAUUAUUGAUAGAAACAGGAACCUCACCCUCACUUGUUCUCACCCAUACCCAUGGAUUUAAAGGAAAGUUCCAGUACAAUUAAUAACAUUUUUUUGAUUCUGCCUAAGAUUACAGAAGCUUAAGGUGUGAGAAAUUGAUCUUAAAGUUCAGCGUUUUUAGCUGGCAGAAGCAUCUUGUUUUGGUUUAUCUGUUGGCUUGAUUGGGUUGCGAUUGUCAGGAAGUGGAACCUGAUGCAAUAUCAACAUCAACGUUUCUUUAAUACUAGUAGUGCGACCUCUGCCUUUGUUAGGAAAAUGCUAAUUAACAAAAUUCAAGUAGGUCCCAAUGAAAGCUAGCAUCAAAAUUGUCUGAGACAGUGGUGGAAUGCUCAGAAUGUGUAGGAUGAUAAAAUUGUUGGUAGGGUUAUGGUUAGGGUUAAAGAAAAGGCUUGUGGACACAGUUUCAGCCUUGCUAGCAGUGUGGCUGGCAAUGCUGCUCCUCUGUUUCGGUCCAGACUGAAAUAGCUCAGUAACUAUCAGAUGGACUGUUGAGUUUGACACUGACAUUCAUGCCCCCCAGGAAGAAUUGCUAUAGAUUUUGAUCCCUUAGCUUUUUUAUUAAUGUAAUGUAUUUAUUAUUUAGUAAUGGAUUUUUCUGUGCUGUUUUGAACCGAACUGAACAAGCUUUUGCAAAAUUGAUUGGAAAAUGUCAAAACAGUAACAAUUAGAAUUGAAAGGAUAAACUCAAAUCAUGCUGGAAUCCUCCUUUAACCCUCAUGGUGGUGACACAAGUGUGACUUUGUGUCCACACAGUGGGGCAACUCUUCCUCUGGCAUUGCUUCAGCACUACUGCUUUUCUCACACAGAGGAACAACUUGUUGCCAAGAAACAUCUGAAUGCAGUUUACCCUGUGCUCAACAUCCAUUACUGUGGAGUGUUGCCCAUUCACAUUGUGUCAUUUCCCCUUAGAGCCAGCUGUUUUGUUCAGAUCAGGACUACAGUAAUUUAUAUUUCCCUUGAUGUUAAUGCUAAUCAGUCCAAUGGCCAAUCGCUUCCUUCUUAGAUGGACAAAACAUGCAAAGUGCCUUUAAACAGCUGAUAAAUAUUUAACCAGAUCUUUUAGAGAUGUUAUCAGAAGGAUAUUAAUUAUGAUUAGAAAUAAUAAUAACAAAUUUUGAGGGAGAAACAAGAAAAAACAGAAAGAGGAAGUGAAAAAAUAUUCUGACUGUACCAGUUCAGCUUUGUAAGUCGACUUGUGAGAAAGCACCAACACAUAAAGGUUUAAUGUGUUGGUUUACUAUGUCUGUAGAGUGAUAAAGCAUAUAUGAAGUGAUAAAACUGAUAACAGAGUGAUGAAACAAGGGCACUAUUGCACAGCAGGUUGUUUAUAGGUUAGAUAAUUAAACAAGGGGCUUAUAAAAAUCUUUUGCGUCAAGUCAAACACAAUGAACAAAGUGUCUUUGUUUGUCAUGUAAAGAUUAAAAUAGAUAGGAGAAACUAAAUAGGAAUAGAUUGAUGUGAUGGAUAUCUUAGACACAUGUAUGAUUUUUGUCUUUUCCUAAAGUUCUCUGAAUUAAGUUUCCAUUGGAUGUAUUUAAUGUUUUUUUUUCUCAAAAAAAAAAAAAAAAGUCUUUCUCAGCGAAAGAAAUCAUUUAACCAUCAUGUCCGCUCAGAGUUGUCAUGAGAUGCCGCGCUUAAAAUAGUUACCAAAGAACUCUGAUCGUCACAUGUUGUGAUCUGAACACAAAUUCAGAUGUAGCUGUUUGCUUACUGCACUUAACUUCAAACUACCUUUAGAAAAACCUUUUCCAAGAGAGCUAAUCUUGGUGAUGGAAUAAUUUGCCAUUUCUGUUUCUACACUUGUCGGAAAGUGAGUGUGUAGGGACAGAUGUUUCUCCGUUAGCACGUGUGUUAACUGUCAAAAUGCAAGAAAAGUGUACAUACAGGGACAGGAAAUAUACUGAGGACUACACCAUAUUCGACUAAGUUCAGCUGUAGCCGUCACAGGAAUCCCACAUUAACCUGUCUGUGGUGCUGUUUCAGAGGAAUUAAUGGAGGAAAUAAGUGGUCUAUUAGUUAGAUGAAUUAGAGCCCUGUUUUUAAUAUACCCAUUCAUCCAGGUAGUCUGUUUGCCAAGACUGCACCAUCAAGACUGACCAAUAACAUACAAAUAUGGUUGACUGAUAAAGGAUUUUGAAGGCAGAUACAUGUAUAUUUUUGCAUUAUUUAUUAUUUUUCAUGUUUUUCUUGAAGGUGUUGAUAAAUUAGACUUUGUGCUAAUAUUUAAAUUGGUUAAUUUACAUGUUUACAUUUACAUGUUUCCCUAGAACUUAAAGGGGUACUGAACGACUGGCAAGGAACAGGAAGUUUCAUAAACAGUUAGUCCUACUCUUCCCAUUAUGAAACCUGAUCAUGUUUUUCAUUUGAGAUAUCUCUCAACUGUUUCACAAGCUGAGUAGUACUCCAUAUGAAGAGUAACCUGAUCUUAAUGUUUAAAAUCAGUGGAGUGCCCCUUUAAUUACUGAUGGAAAAUGUAUGGGAAAAUAUAUUCAAAUGCUCUGCAUCAUAUCAGAUAGACAACAGUGAUUAUCCAGUAUUCUUUGCCAUGAUGAAAAUCCAAAUGUCUGGUUUUAAAGGAGUUACUUGUAAGUUUUACUAUUACUGCAUAAUGUGAGCAUUAACAGCUGUUACUUAUUAGCCUACAAGAAACAUUAUGAGUUCAGCAUCAAACUUAAUUCCUUUAAUCACCAAGAGGUGUCUCCAGCUAUGGAAAGCAACGCCAGUGUUUGGCUUCAAGUUCUAUCACUUCUACUGAAGUUAGCCUACUAGCCUGCUAGCCCUGGGCUGACCCAUCUCAUCACUUUCCAAUAGUGACUUACUGUAGUGUCCAGACUGCCUUGAAGAGGUAGUGCUGCUCAGAGGGUGUAUUCUAUUCAUUGAUGUGUUUACACACAGUGAUGGCCGAAGCUCUUGGCAGGUGACCAUCACCACCACCCACUCCUGAAAAGUAACCACAUUGAGCAGCAGAGAAAACUUACAGAUAGCUCCUUUAACCUGAAUAUAAAUUACAUUAAAGCUAAGACCGGGCUGCAGAAAGCUGUGGCAUUGCUAGAGGACAGUGGAGGUGGAGUAGCAGGACAGAUGCAUGAUGGGGGAAUUUUAACUUAUGGCUACUGCUGCAGAUUUCUGGUUGUGUCUAAUCACUGGAACACGCUGACACAACCUGGAAAAACCCAAACUGCUGUAUCCAGAUUCUCUUUCACAGCCAAACAGUUAAAGAUUGUUCAUGAAAAACGGGUGUGAGUGAGUGUGACUGUAUGAGAGUAACUGCAACAAAAUUUUCAUGAAGUAGAUACUCUUUUUGUUGUGAGGUGCUUUAUCACCUUGUUCAAUGUCAAACUCAUAUUCUGUGUUGUAAUAGAGAAAUGAUGACACCUUUAUUUUCAUCAAGAGUACACACACAGAAGUAAGAGAAGGGUAAAUAUUGUAUUUGGGAUCUGAACAAUUCUAUGUAUGUAUAUACAGGAUGACUUGAAAUCCAUUACUGUGCCACUUUAUCUAAAAGGAACUAAAUAUUUUUUUCACAAGGUUGAGAAGAGUUCAGGAUCUAGAGGACUAUAAUAAUGUCACUUUCAUGAGUUCAGCUAGACAAUUCAUUUCUUAAGGACCAAACCAGCUUCCUGACUCACCCUGUGUUGUUAGCCCUGUUAACAUCACAUCAUCUGUCAUGAACGGAUGUUUCAAGAAUACAUUUUCCCCCGAUUCAGAGAGCAAGCUUUUAAGGAAAAAAAUAAAAAUAAAAGCAGAUUAAAGGCUCAUUCACAUCUAGUGUCUAGUUUUAGAUGUAAAUGGUCUUCUCUGCCUCAGAAACCUCAAAGCCACAUUACUUUGCUAGUAAUAUGUCAUUUACCCCCUUGUUAAAGCAAGAAUCCAUUCUUCCCAUGAACUUGUAAAAGGUUUUAAACCCCUCCACAGGCCAGGGUUAUGCUGUGAGGUAUUUUGUGUAAUGAUGUGUACAUAAUAUUGUUGUAGACACUUGAAGGAAAACUGUCUGUGGGGUGAAGGAGGAGUUGCUCAUUAAUCUAUUCAUUCACACUGAUGAAUUUUUAUGUUGAUAAAAUGCUUAAAAUAAUACAAUUAAACACUUAAAAGUU